AUGACUCGUUACAGUGCUGUCCCAGCUAACCCAGAUCGUUCUGCCUCUGCUCGUGGCUCUUACCUGCGUGUUUCUUUCAAGAACACCAGAGAGACCGCUCAAGCCGUCAACGGAUGGAACCUGAAGAAGGCUCAACAGUACUUGGACCAAGUCCUUGACCACAAGAGAGCCAUUCCUUUCCGUCGUUUCAACUCUUCCAUCGGAAGAACUGGACAAGGUAAGGAGUUCGGUACUGACAAGGCUAGAUGGCCUGCUAAGUCUGUCAAGUUUAUCCAAGACUUAUUGAAGAACGCUGAAUCCAACGCUGAGAGCAAGGGUUUGGACAUUGACAGUUUGAUCAUCUCCCACAUCCAAGUUAACCAAGCUCCAAAGUUGAGAAGAAGAACUUUCAGAGCCCAUGGUAGAAUUAACGCUUACAACUCUUCUCCAUGUCACAUUGAGUUGAUCUUGUCCGAGCCAGAUGAAGCCAUUGAGAAGGCCAAGGAAGAGCCAGCCCAGUUGACUGAAGCUUAG